GGGUGCGGCUCGGAUUGGCGCGGCCCGGCUCGGCUGGGCUCGGCUCAGCUCCGCUGCGCUCUCUCCAUCUCGGCUCACCUGGGCUCGGAUCGGCUCCACUCGGCUCAUCUCAACUCAGCUCCACUCGGCUCAUCUCAGCUCGUCUCCACUCGGUUCGGCUCGGCUCGGCUCCACUCGGCUCAGCUCGGCUCGGCUCGGCUCGGCUCGCCCCAGCCCGGCCCGGCCAUGGUGGAGCGCUCGGACGAGGCACCGCUGCUGUUCUGGGCCGAGGGCCCCGCGGUGUCGGCGCCGCCACCCGCGGCCGAGCCGGGCAGCGGCGGCAGCAGCAGCAGCGGCGGGCGGCGGAUCGGCGGCGGCUGGAGCGCGGCUCCGUGGGACGGCGAGGGGCCGGCGGAGGUGGCGGGGCCGCCGCGGGCGGAGGCGGAGGAGGACCAGAUCGUGGCCGUCUUCGUGGUCACCUUCGACCCCCGCACGGGUAACAUGGUGGAGUGGUGUUUACCCCAAGAUAUAGAUUUGGAAGGCGUGGAAUUCAAAUCCAUGGCAAGCGGGUCCCACAAAAUCCAGUCAGAUUUCAUUUAUUUCCGGAAAGGACUCUGUUUUGGCCUGGCCUGCUUUGCCAACAUGCCUGUGGAGAGUGAGUUAGAGCGUGGUGCCCGCAUGAAGUCUGUGGGGAUCCUCUCCCCUUCCUACACUCUGCUGUAUAGGUACAUGCACUUCCUGGAGAACCAGGUCAGACACCAGCUGGAGAUGCCAGGGCACUACUCCCAUCUAGAGGCGUUCUAUGAUGACAAGAAAGGAGUUCUCCCUGACAGCAAGGGUACCCCCGGCUCUCAGCAACCUGUCCACUGGCUGCCUUCCAUCCACAGAUACAUGUACCCAGAGAUGAAGAUCACACACCCUGCUGGCUGUAUGUCUCAGUUCAUCAAAUUCUUCGGUGAGCAGAUCCUUGUCCUCUGGAAGUUUGCCCUGCUGCGCAAGCGCAUAUUGAUAUUUUCACCACCCCCAGUUGGAGUUGUCUGCUAUAGAGUGUAUUGCUGCUGUUGCCUUGCAAAUGUUUCUCUGCCUGGUCUUGGAGGAACUGUCCCAGAGUCCAAACCAUUCUUUUAUGUGAACGUGGCAGACAUAGAAAUGCUGGAGACAGAAGUAUCAUACGUGGCCUGUACAACAGAAAAGAUCUUUGAGCAGAAACGGGAUCUCUAUGAUGUCUACGUGGACAACCAGAACGUGAAGACGCAUCACGAGCAUCUGCAGCCACUCCUGAAAAUUAACAAUGCUGACAAGGAGAAGUACCGACGGCUCAACGACCAGAGGCAGAUGUUAAUGUAUUCUCAAGAAGUGGGUGAGGAUUGCAGCUCCUGUGAAGAGGACCUUUUCAUCUUGUUUUUCAUGGAGCAGAACAACCGCAUAUUUCAGACACUGAUGGAGGUGUCAGCCAGCCAGGACAAGACACUGACAGCUGACCACGCACGAGGCAUGGGCCUGGAUCCCCAAGGGGAUCGAAGUUUCCUUAUGGACUUGCUGGAAGUGUAUGGCAUUGAUGUUAUGCUAGUCAUUGACAACCCCUGCUGCACUUAAACCAAGGGCAAGAGAGAUGGGGAGCAAAGAUCACUUUUUAAAGACUACCAGACACUGCUUAGGAGGAUCACUGGAACUCACCACAGCCACAGUUAUUUAAUAACUUUAUAUGGAGAGUAUUUAUAAUUUUAAAACAAAAUGUGAUUUUAUUUUCUCCCCCUCAACUUCCCAGUGAACCUGCUCUAGGGCUUCUUCUUUUUUUUUGUUUUGUUUUGUUUUCUCUCCCUUUCUCUUUCAUUCGUGUUUUUUGGUUUUGUUUAGCUAGGACCAGUGGCACCUUUGCACCAAUCCUCACUGUUGGCAGUGAUAGCUAGGUUUUGCCCUAGCCUGAAUACCUGAGGGCUGAACACUUCAGGAAAGCACUUUGUCUGAUGACAACCAAUGUGAAAUGCUAUAGCUGAGCUUUCAGACUUGACUGGAAAACCCUCCUAUCAACUCCCCCUUCCACCUGGGGACUGAAGAGGGCUUCGGCACAGGUUGUUAACGGCCCAGUCUCGUGGUCCCCUACCACAUUCAUUGGUGGGGACAGUUAAACCAAUGAUAAACCCCAGGACUUCUUAAUUCACUCCUCACCCAACGUCUAGCAGCUGAACUGGAGUAAAGCCACCCUUCCUCCUCAACAGGAGAAGCAAGUUUGGGAUCAGGGGUGCUACAGGAUCUCAUGACUUUGCUUACCGGAGCAGCACAGUUUCACUUCCAGCACCUGAGAGGGCAUAAACUGGCAAAGACUGCACCUACCUAUCUCACAGCUGGAGAAGAACACCAUCUCUACUUAACCCACCCUACCACUUCCUUUGGGUUUUACUUGCAUCACUCCUGCUGCUUUGGUUUAAAAUCUUCAAACCAGCAAGACGGUCUCCCAUUUAACAGGGACCAACAUCACUGAGCCACUUUGCAGACACUACGUUCUCCAGCCUCAGCUCAGAUGGUGCUGGCUGGACUGGGUACAAUAAGUAUGCUUUAACUAAUGUCACUAGCCCUUCCUUUGUAGCUGAUGGUACUUGCCACUCCUUUGCUCUAACAUUGUCUGCUGAUCCUCGUUUUUUUGAGCCUUCAGCGCUGCCUGCUGGUGUCCUUGGCUUUCGGUGUGAGGCAGAGAGCAGUCUGUGACCUUUCAGCUGGAACAGCUUCAAAGUUUGCUGGAGGGUUCCCUUGGAUUUUGGUGUUCUUAACUGGCACAACCACUAGAAGCAACGUCUAACAGAAAGUCUUUCUUUUUCCUGGGCAGAACUGUAGAACCAGAUGAACAGUGUUUUUUCUAAUUUUUAUGCUGUGGGAAGAAUAAGAUUCAGUUUAUGAAGGACCAGUCAUUACCUCCAGGAAGGCUAUCCCAGUAAAGAGUAAUCCCUUUGCCAUGCAAAAUCCAAGAAUGGUACUGUGGGUUCCAGGUGUGACAUACUGCUUUGCCCCAAAUCCUUCAGCCAGUAGUAGCAUCACCUUUAAACUCACUGUUCUUCCUGAACUGUGGCUAAUUAGUUGCUGCUUCCACCAUUAUGGACUUCAGCACUGUUGGAGGCUUUCUGCAGUUUGUAGAAAUGCAAACUGUAGCUGAUAUAUUUGUCCUUGCAGUUUAUAGGACGACACAGAGCCUGAACCACCAAAGUCUCACCUGCUUUAAAGCAAGUGAGCACCUUUUAAAACAGGUAGAGCGAAUGUUCCCUAAGUAGACCUCUGUGGAUUGUUUCCCUCGGGAAAGGAGGAGGCUGGCACGUCCUGUUUUUCCUUGAAGGCUGUCUGCAGCAAAGGGGUAGUUUUGCUUGCUGUGGAGUUUUACUGAGGUGUGGGACAAGGAGCCUCACCAGGCUCAUUGCAGAGUUCAUUGGUAUGAGCUUCAGCACAUUAUGUUCCUUUCUCUGAGCAGUCAUUCCCCUGCCUUCUUUUUCAAGGCUUUGGAUGUUUUUUGUACAGAAGAAAACAUGCUGCUGCUUGUCAAUUGCUCACAACUGCAACAUCAUCAUCCUUAGGAGGUUGCAGAGAAAAAAUGGGGAAAGAGGUAAAAACAGCUGAGUAUCAUUUAAUGGAAAGACCAGUCUCUUUGCUUAAGAAAUAGCUUUGUUUUUAAAUUGACACCUCAAGCAUAAAAGUGACCCACAAUCUCCAAGCUUUUGUUAUCUAACUUCCACUUUAGUUUUAACAUGCUGCCUGCAGAUACAGUCCCUGAGGAAAUACAGCUGGCAAUGUAGUGCUGUCACUUCCACCAAAAAAAAAAAGAAAUUCAAACUAGUCUCUAGGAAAUUUUCCUCUGACUUUCUUGAAGGUUUGCUACAUAGUUCAGCUGUGGUCAGCUAUUAAUGACUUUCUAUUCUCUUUGUCAGUAGUUCUUUUGCUAAACUAAACAGACCACAAACCUUAAACUUGUUGACAUUUUACAGCCACUGCAGUCAGAGGCGUUCCAACACCCCUGCAUUAGGGCACCAUGUUCACAAGCUGUUAGAACAUGAGGCCCAGUACACAGCACUGCUAGACACCACUGAGCAGAACCUCCAGAAAUUACCAUUUGACAUUCAUUAAACCUCUGUUUUCCAGAAGUUGGGUCUUCAGUUUUUAGCAGUAGUAAGGGUGCAGAAAUAUCAAAGCAAGCAGAUUAUCGUAGAAGUAACACCCAUGCUACAUACAUCUGCUCUUCCUUGUAAUUUUGCUUCUCUACCAAGCCUCUUUUGCCAGGUGACUGCUACAGAAGUCAGGAAGUUGCCUGACAGAACAAAAAGAUUUCUCUCUCCUAACGCUUCCUUAUUUAAAUUGCUGCAAAAGUACUUUCCACCUGCACUCCUUUUCUAAAAGACACUGCUUUUACUGUCGUUGCAUGUGGAAAAUGCUUGAUAAGUGGGUACACUGUACGAACAAAUGGUUAUGGCUUAGGCCUGUUCAUGAGGCUGGUUUUGCAUGGAACCAGUUUAACUGAGUCUUAUCGUUCCAGGAGAUAACAUAAUUCAAGGUAAAACAGUUAAGUGCAGACAUUUAA